GCGGACGGAGCCCAGCCUGCCUUGGCGGAGUGGGCGCUGCGUUCCGCGGCCAGAGCCGCGUCUUCCCACGGCUUUGCCAGCGGCCGGGGCUCGGGCUAGGGCCCGGGCCCCCGGGGCAUGGCUCUCCGCAGUGCACAGGGUGACGGCCCCAUCUCCACCCGCUGGGACGGCGGCGCUGAGAAGGCAGAAUGUUUUAGUGCCAAAAAGAAAAAGAAAGUGGCCGAAAUCUACCAGGCUUUGGACAGUGAUCCCAUUGAUGUGGCUGCCCUGAGACGCAUGGCCAUCAGUGAAGGCGGACUGCUGACCGACGAUAUCCGGCGCAAGGUGUGGCCCAGGCUCCUCAACGUCAACACCAGUGAGCCACCUCCUCCGCUAGGAAAAGACCUACGACAGAGCAAGGACUACCAACAGGUCCUGCUGGACGUCAGGCGGUCUCUGCGGCGGUUCCCUCCAGGCAUGCCCGAUGAGCAGCGGGAGGGGCUCCAGGAGGAGCUCAUCGACAUCAUCCUGCUGGUCUUGGAGCGCAACCCUCAACUGCACUACUACCAAGGCUACCAUGACAUCGUGGUCACGUUUCUGCUGGUGGUAGGCGAGAAGCUCACAACAUCCCUGGUAGAAAAAUUGUCUACCCACCACCUCAGGGAUUUCAUGGAGCCAACCAUGGACAACACCCGGCACAUAUUAAACUAUCUGAUGCCCAUCAUUGACCAGGUGAAUCCAGAACUCCAUGAUUUCAUGCAGAGUGCUGAGGUGGGGACUAUCUUUGCCCUCAGCUGGCUCAUCACCUGGUUCGGGCACGUCCUGUCUGACUUCAGGCACGUUGUGCGGUUGUACGACUUCUUCCUGGCCUGUCACCCGCUGAUGCCCAUUUACUUUGCAGCUGUGAUCGUGUUGUAUCGGGAGCAAGAAGUCUUGGACUGUGACUGUGACAUGGCAUCUGUCCACCACCUGUUGUCGCAGAUCCCUCAAGACCUACCUUAUGAGACACUGAUCAGUAGAGCAGGCGACCUCUUUGUCCAGUUUCCCCCGUCCGAGCUCUCCCGGGAAGCAGCCGCCCAGCAGCAGGCUGCAAGAACGGCUGCCUCUACUUUCAAAGACUUUGAGCUAGUGUCUGCCCAGCAGAGGCCGGAUAUGGUGCUGCGGCAGCGGUUUCGGGAACUUCUACGGCCUGAAGAGCGAACAAAAGAUGUCCUGACCAAACCAAGGACCAACCGCUUUGUGAAACUGGCAGUGAUGGGGCUCACGGUGGCCCUGGGAGCGGCUGCGCUGGCUGUAGUGAAAAGUGCCCUGGAGUGGGCCCCCAAGUUCCAGCUGCAGCUGUUUCCCUGAAGCCGGAGCAGACACUUGCUAUUGCCCCACCAGGGUCUCACCCUUCCACGGAAGGAUCAUGGGUAGGGGGGUAGAAUUUCCUUUAUUAAAAGGGUUUCUGUCAAGGGUUUUCUAUUCCUGCCCCCCUUCCCUGCCUGUCGGGGUUUGCCUUUGCUCCAGAGGCCUCUGACAGCCCACCAAGCCCAAGAACUGUGCCUCCCACCGCACUGGAAGGAGGUCUCUGCUGUUGCAGGAAGUAAGUUUUUCUGGUUGCGUCUGGGACCUGCUGGGCCCAGUCUUCCCUGCUCACUGGGUCACGUUCUGGGUGCUUGGAAAGAGGGAGAAGCCAGGAUAGCCCCCUGCCCUUGGGCAUUAUGCUGGAAGGCAGGCAGGCGUGCAGGGAGCGCUACCUAAAGAGCUGCUCUGCCAGAUGUGAGCUAGGUGUCAGAAGUCACGGUGUCUCUGGCCAGGCAAGGAGGAGUGUUCCUUUGGAAGGGCCAGACCCUGCCAGCUCUGGCUUGCCUCUCUGCCUCCCUGUACUGUGAGCCACUUGUCCCUUACGAAAGACACUUUACUAUUUUUGGAAUCCCACACCCCAGUCCGUCAGGCUCCCUUUCUUGGAAGCACUCUUCAUGAACGUUCAUGGGGUGGGCCUGCUGCUCAGCCCAUCCGUGUUUGUCCACUGGUCGCCCCUCACAGUGCAGACCCACUCACAAGGCUGCUCGCUCACCGGCCUGGUCAUGGGUCACCUUUCUGCUCCACCUAGAUGUCCGCCCCCUCCCUCGGUGUCUCAUGGGUAGUUAGCUGCAUUUCACAGUCUUUGCCACAUGGCUGGAAAUGUCUUUGAACCUCACCAGCCCCCAAACAGGACAGAUGGUGGCUCAAGAGCUCGGCAGGAGCCUGAGAGCAGCCACAGAUUCUGCAAGCACCCUGCAGGCCCCGUGGGACAAGGGGAGCACCCUACAGGCCCUGUGGAACAAAGGGACCACUUUCAUCCUUCUGGGACAGCAUUCCUGUUAGUGAAGCCAGGCGUGUUUCAGAUUAACUGGCUUGAAAAAGUGCCUUUCCCUGCUUUGGAGUUGGGUUUGCAGUUGGAAGCAGCCUUGGUCUUCCUGGGCACUUUCCUCUAUGGCAGGAGUUUUCUUCAAAGUCAGUGUGCCACUCCACCCACCAUACCCAGAGCCCCUCUGCACAUGCGGGCUAUGUGGAGGGCGUCAGCACACCAGGCUGCCGCUGAGCCCAGAGCCCAGAGCACCUGUGACGUGCAUCUAUGCUGAGCUCCAGGAAGCACUUUUUUUCUUCUAUAAGAUUUAUGUUGCAAGAAUUAUAGAGAAAUCUUUCAUCUGCUGGUGCCCCAGAAGGCUGGAACAGCCAGUACUGGACCAGACCAAAGCCAGGAGCCAGGAACUUCCACCAGGUCUUCCAUGGGAAUGGCAGGGGCCAAAGGACCUAAGCUGUCAUUCUCUGCUGCUUUUCCCAGGCAGCUGGCAGGGAGCUGGAUUGGCAGUGGAGCAGCUGGAACGCAAACCAUCCAUAAAGGGUGUGGGCAUUGCAUGUGGCAGCUGUACUCGCCACAGCACUGGCCCCUCCAGGAAGCACUUUAAAACCAGUGAAAGCUCCAUGUACAGGACCACAGCAGGAGCUCCUCCCUGCCGGGUAAGUGUGCUGGCCAAGGGAAUAAUACGGAAGGAGGUGGAGCUGGGCACACAGCCACUGGUUCUCCUGCCACAAGCACGCAAGACCGUAAACCCUGAAGGGGUGGGUGAGGAGCAAAGAGGCACUGCACAUGAAUGUGACCCAGGUCCCAGUGCUGCAGCCUUGAGUCCAAGAGGCAAGUGACACUGGCCUGUGCUGGGGCCUGAGAGAGAGGUGGUGGGUUUAGGACACUGAGCAGACUUUGUUACCCAUUUGCCUUGGGUAGAUGUACUUCCUGUGUAAAGGACACAUGUAAAAUACUUUGUACAGAGCACUCUGUGAAAUAAAGAGCCACAUGUGGUUGCUAA